GGUUGGAAUGUUAAUUGUCUUUGGAUGGUCAGACGAGUGAUAUGUCAUAUCAACAACAUUUCCACUGUAAUUUUUUGUUGUCCAACAAAGUUAUUUAGAAUGUUCACGGCUGUAUUUUAUUAUGGAAAGCUACCAACCCGAAUAUGACAAGAACGGAUUAUUGUCUGAUACGUUCUGGAAGACACCACAGCGCGCGAUCCCGGGCAGGCCUUUUCAGACGGUCAAACGGACCGAGGUUAUGUCUGGGUCAUCGUAUCAACAGUUUCAGGCGUCAGUGAACGACGCCUGGGACCUGGGCGACGACGACAUCAUAUCUGGAAUCGCUGAAACUAAAAUAUCCAAGGCCAUAUCACAAACUGCUGCUUUGAACGUGAUAAAUUCGCAUAGGAAUAGUAGUAGGAACGUAAACAAAAAUGACGUAAAAGUUGAGAGUGAGAUUGUGAAGCCGAAGGCUGAGGCGGUGGAGGUGAAGAAGAAUGAGGUCCGGAGGGUGGGUGCAGGGAGCUCGGGGCCCAUGCGGCACUACCCGGGGCGGCCGCGGCCCGUGAGGCUGUCGGCGCUGACCUCCCGCGAGGAGAGCAGCGAGUCCAAGCUCGAGAGGUUCCAGCAGAUGCACGACAGUACUGUCAUAGACUUGGAUGACCUCAAGCAGAUCAGUUGGUCUGGCAUUCCAGUAAAAGCUAGAGCCAUAACAUGGCGUCUCCUUGCUGGCUACCUGCCUCCGAACGCGGAGCGUCGAGUCGAGACCCUGGAGCGAAAGAGGGCGGACUACAAACACCUAGUGAAGCAAUAUUAUGAUGCAGAACGAGACGAUGAUACUUACAGACAGAUUCAUAUAGAUAUACCACGCAUGAGCCCACUUGUGGCUCUGUUUCAACAGAUCACUGUGCAGGUGAUGUUUGAGCGCAUCCUGUACAUCUGGGCGAUCAGGCACCCAGCAUCAGGCUACGUGCAAGGCAUCAAUGACCUGGUCACACCAUUCUUCAUGGUGUUCUUACAAGAAGCCGCUCCGGGCCAGGAGUUAGACAACUUCCCUCUGGAUAAGCUGACGGAAGAACAGAGGGAUAUCAUAGAAGCUGAUUCCUUCUGGUGCCUCUCCAAGUUCCUGGACAGCAUUCAGGAUAACUACAUAUUUGCUCAACUUGGUAUUCAACACAAGGUGAAUCAACUAAAGGAGCUCAUACGUCGCAUAGACUUACCCCUCCACGAGCACCUACAGACUCACGGAGUAGACUAUCUCCAAUUCUCGUUCAGGUGGAUGAACAACCUACUCACAAGGGAGAUCCCACUCCCAUGCACCAUCCGUCUGUGGGAUACAUACCUCGCAGAAUCGGACGGGUUCGCCACCUUCCAACUCUACGUCUGCGCCGCCUUCCUACUCCACUGGCGGGAGAAACUCAUGCUCGAGAGAGACUUCCAAGGCCUCAUGAUACUCCUACAGAACGUGCCCACACAGAACUGGACCGACUCUAACAUAAGUGUACUGGUAGCUGAAGCUUAUAGGCUUAAAUUCGCAUUCGCGGACGCGCCGAACCAUUUACACAACGCGGGAAAGUCGGACAGAUGACCUGGGCGGUAGUCUGGUGAUACCUGGCACAGUCGCGGAACGAUGUCUAUAGGGGAGUUUGAAAAAAAAUACGAGGGGUAAAAAAAUGCUAGAAGUUCCACCGGUUUUGAGAUCAAGCUUAUACGCCACGGAACUUAUAUGCUAUAUAUUUAUCUACCACGUGGUAUGGCUGCUAGUAAUACGAAUUAAAUGUUAAAACUUCGUAUCGAUAUGCUGUGGUGAAAAAAGUGAAUAAAAUUCAAAAAAAAAGUUGUUUAACACACGCAUACAGCUACGACCAUAUUAGGCUAGGAUUACAAUGUAUGAGAAUUUUUUGGAGAAUUAUCUCUGUUGUGUAUAGACUUCUUUCCGUGACGAUGUGACGACUAUGUUGGCAUUGUCUAUGCUUGUAUACCAAUGUAGAGGUUUCGCGUGUAAGGCGAACAUACAAUGCAAAGUGAGAAUGUCAAGCCGACUGUGUGUGAUCAGGGUAAAAGGUUUCCAUUGCUUCCGCGUCUGAAGCUAAACUAUGAAAUACGAUGAUAAUUCGGUGCUUAGUGAAGAAUAUGCGAAUCUUAAGGUGUCUACACACCAAAGCCGCUGAUGCCGGCGGCACAGCCCGGCGGCCCAACCCGCCGGCCGUAUUUUGUACAAUCAUGCCACCGGCUUUCAUAGAGUAUUUGACAAUUACUAGAACACCACAUGCCGCGGCAGUCGUGCCGCCCGGUCAGCGGCUUUGGUGUGUAGACCCCUUUAGAUUCACUCAAACAAAUCCCGAUCAUAACCAAUAGUUCAAGCUAUUUAGUUCAAUUUUGUAACAACGUAUGUAUGUGUCUUGGAGUGUAAACAGUGUCGUCAUACUAGAUAUUACAAGGGAUACAUUUGUUAGAUGUUAAAUGUACUCAAAUAUGUGACUAUUUGAAGGGCUUUAAUACUUAAAUGUUGGAUGAAUAUCGAUUGUAGCCGAGUUAGUUUCUCGAUAUCGAUAUUUUUUCGUAGUAAAAAGUGUAUUGUUGUAAAUAUCAGCGAGAAAACAGUACAUUACCUUUAACUAGAUGACAGUUUGACUAUGCGAAUGGAAAUUAUCGUCAUUCUCAAUAUCGAUGUUUUUAUCGACAUCGUGUUUCAUAGUUUAGUACAAGACAAUGCAUACCCACUCCCUAGAUUUUAUAGUUGGCAAUCAACACGCCAUAUUAAUUGUUUUGCUAUAUAACGGCCUAAUGGAUUUUAGUUAAUACGAUGGUGGAGCGACUCGAUAACAUUCGAUAUUUUGUACAACACUAUAAAUGUCUCCGAAAAAAAAAGAAUUCACUCAAAGACAUGGAUUUAGAUGAAUUACAUUAGAAAUUAUACUUUUCAGGUUUAGUCUCGAAUGUAAAAGAUUUUAUUCGUUAAUACAUUAUUUGGAGAACCAAAUAAUGUAAAACAGUCAAUCUAUAAGGUGCAAUGGCAGCAAAGACUUCUGUUUUGCAGGAUAAAACUUAUUUUUAAAGCUUAUCACAAGCAAAGUAUGUAACCAUUUAAUUGGUUUAUCCUGUAUACUCCAUGCACAUCAGAGACUUCUCUAGUGUUGUGUAAAAAUGUAUAAUUAAGGGCUGAUUUUUCAAUCGCCAGAUAUCUUCUAUCUGAUGAAUAUUUUUAACGUUUUGACAGCUUUUGUAUGGAAAAUAUGUCAAACCGCCAUUUUUAUUCCUCAGAUAGAAGUUAACUGAUGAUUGAAAAAUCAGCCCUUAAUGAUGUAAUGUUAUUCUGUGUCGCUCACCAAUACAUUAUGUUAAAGGGCAGCUGAUUGCUGGAAUAGGCGGAUUGCACCAUGUGUCACUUAACUGCAGUGAUUGAAACUGCGUUUACUCGAACCAGUAGAAGCCGCAGUUUAAACUAGGGAUCAUCUAGGUACGUUAGUGUCGUUAGUUCAUAUUAAUUUAAUUGAGAAUCAAUCUCAAGUCUUAUGAAAAGACCUGCAAUUUGCUACUGUUAAUAGUAUUUAAGUUCAUGUGCAGGUUGUUUUUAGUUUAUUUCGUAGUAGUAAUAGUUCUUUGGGGUCAUUAAUAUUCAAUAAUAAAUUGAUAUAACGUGUAACAUAUCCACCGAUUUACACCCGUUAAGUGCGUGAUAACCAUGGUGCGAUCCGCCCCAUGUAAAAUACUUUGUUUGAUUUAUUUUUUGUUUUUUGUGACCUCCAUUUAUGUACUAUUUGAUUUUAUUACUACGUUAUUUUACUUAGAUUAUUAUAGCAUUAUACAUUAUAUAUUUA